AUGCCUCCCCUCCUCACCUCACCCGCCUCCCUCUCCUCCUCCCCCCUCCGCCUCGCCUCCCGCCUCGGCGCCGCCGCCCUCCGUCCCACCCCCUCCUCCUCGUCCCGCAGCCGUCGUUUCCUCGCCCCCACCCAAACCGCGGCGCCGGGAACCACCACCAGCGGCGGGUUCGCGGCGAUGAGCUGGCUCGGGAAGCUGGGGCUGGGCGGCGGGGGAAGCCCGCGCGCGUCGGAGGCGUCCGCGGCGCUGGCGCAGGGGCCCGACGAGGACAAGCCGGCGCCCGGGAGCGAGUUCGCGCAGUUCGGGGCCGGCUGCUUCUGGGGCGUGGAGCUGGUGUUCCAGCGCGUGCCCGGGGUCACCCGCACCGAGGUCGGCUACAGCCAGGGCGCCUUCCACGACCCCACCUACGAGGACGUCUGCACCGGCGCCACCGGCCACAACGAGGUCGUUCGCGUCCAGUACGACCCCGCCGCCUGCAAGUACGACGACCUCCUCGAAACCUUCUGGGCGCGCCACGACCCGACCACGCCCAAUCGCCAGGGGGGCGACGUCGGAACCCAGUACAGGUCAGGGAUCUACUACUACACAUCAGAGCAGGAGAAGGCGGCGCUCGAGUCUAUGGAGAAGCAGCAGAAGGUUCAGAACCGGAAGAUAGUCACUGAGAUCCUCCCCGCGAAGAGGUUCUACAAGGCGGAGGAGUACCACCAGCAGUACCUUGCGAAGGGCGGUCGCUUUGGCUUCAAACAGUCCACGGAGAAGGGCUGCAACGACCCCAUCCGCUGCUACGGAUGA